AUGACUCAAAACGCCACCGCAAUGGCAAUGGCAAUACAUCGCCCCGCCGCCGCCGACCCAACUUGGCUAACAAUUAUAUCAAUAUUUAUUCUGCUGGGGUUGCUCUGUUGGAAAGCCACGCAGAAGCUUUUGAAGGUGCACGAAUCUCUCCGCAUAACAAAACAGGGAAGGGAUUAUUUGGCAUUUUGGGGAGUGUGG